AAAGGAGAUCUGGAGCGGUCUGGCAGCUCGGAUCGAAGAAGAUUGGAGAGUUGUCGAGGAAAAGUGUAUGUCCACCGGCCUCAAUAGCCUUCAGAAUACUGCCCGCAGACUGGAGAUCCUUGCGAAGAAGGCAAAGUUGGCAGAGUUGAGAGUUACAAGGGAGAUUCGUAUGAAGCAAGACCCUUCGAUCGAUCGACCCAUAGAGGCAUUAUUAAUGAAAGUAACUGAUACCCUACCACCUUAUCCGCCCAAGCAAGGAAUGCAGGAAGAGAAUGCUGUGGCGCCGUACACCAAUGAGAAACAGCCAUCAAAAGAUUUACAUGGCGACCAUGCCUCCAUUACGCAACCGCCUAUUCAUCUAACCGAAGAACUAACAAGGCAUCCAGCUGGGAUAUGCGAAGAAAGCACUGAUUUGCCCAGUGUGAAUGACAAACCAUCAUCAAAAGACUUGCGCAACGGCCAAAUCUCGGAUACAAACAUUCAGUCGCCAAGUAGAGCUAAACAGAGAUCCCAGCGGUAUCUGAAGCACAUACGUUUAUUUUCUUGGAUAAAAAAAAUACUCAGGCCCAGGCUUAAACCGGGAUAUAGAAGAAUUGAAUGGACUUGCGAUUGUGGUGUGGAACUAUAUGGCGAUUUUAUAAUAGACAAGGCAUCGGAUUUAGACGGCCUAGAAUUGUCAUUACACGUGCCCGCUGAGAACACAUCUAAAAGCAGCUCGAGUGAUUCUGAACAAUCGGUAGAAACAGGGACCAAUCCGCGUCAUAUGAUCUCAAGAUCUAGAUCUAGUUCGACCAGGACAGCCUUGUCUACCAGCAGCACCGAUGCAUCGAGUAUUGAUAUAGCCGAAUCCAAAUUCCUCGCCCUAUGCAUCGAUACCGGAAGCAUAUACAAAACACUGGCUGAAUUGGACAUGUCACGCCUAAAUUCGGACGGGGAGGCCUUUUCGCAAAUGAAGAAGGCGUACAUACAGUACCGGGGCGUGCGUUCCCGGCUGCGUUUCCUGAUCAAGCCGGUGACUGUUGAAUUUGUUCGCUUCACUCUCUGGAAUUUGCGUCGCGGCUACAUCUCCAUACGCGACAGGCCCAGCUCGACGCCGCCUAAUACCCGCAUUGACUACGACUUCGUACCGCCGCCGAUGCCUCCCGAAGUCUUCGUCCAUUAUCUCGAGCACGGUGACGGUGACCUUAGCCCGAACCGUUACACCUGGCUGCCGCGACUCCCUAAGAGGCUGAACAACAAGGUCAUGGACUGUGGGGAGGCGACUGAGGGCUGGGGCAUUCACGUCAUAGAAGGUCCGAACCGCGAGGCUGUAUUCUGGGUGCUCAUGAUUACCAUCUCAGCGAGUGUAUUGGCGAGUGUGUUGUGGACCACGCUGAAGGGGGAUAUCCAGGGCGGGACGGGGCUCGGGGCUCUCAUCAUAGCCUUGCCGCCUGCAAUAAUGGCUGCCUUUUUAUUUCGUCUGGGUGCGACAUGACUGGGUUAGUCCUAUAUUUGAGCUUAGGACGAAUAAUACGACUAGUGGAAUCAAACAGGCGAGAUUAUCUGCGCCCGAAGUAUCAGCAGGCAGUCUGCAUUCUAUCGCCAACUCAAGGCGUUUGAGAGCAGUGUGCAACUUCGUAUCCAUGUAUUGCGUAGUCACUGGGUAGUGUAUAAGCCGGUGUAUGCAUGUUUUACUUUAAACCCUGUAACUUUUUUUUAAAGAAAAAUAAAAUACAAUCAAAAUAAUUCAGAUUGAUGACCAGCAGUAUAAUAAUAUUAGAACGCCAAUAACUUAGAAAACCACGAGCUAAUGCGUGAUUUGAUGGAUCUCCUCCUUGAAUCAUCAUCCAAAUACAUUGCCACUGUGGAAUAGUACCCGCAUUCCGGAUGAGUUGGAGGCAAACUCCGAAGCUUUCCUUGUAACGUAUCUUGUAAAGAAGCUAGACCAUUCCUAGUUCUUGCCUGUAGGCUCGGCUGUUGGUCAAGUGUUUGAAGACCAUCCCGUUUGAUUCUUACCUGCAACCUCGAUUGAUGAAGUCCUUGAUCCAAUAGGAACUUCACGGUAGAUAACCUCCGGUGAAUCGGGAUUUGAGGGCGAUAGCUGUCGGAAUCCGGGAAAAAGUAAGCGUAUCCAAAGAUUGCGUUUUCGAGAAGACCCGAACGAUGCGAGGGAACUCUUUUAAAUAGACGACUUCGAUCUGUCAGUGCCACAGACUUGAUGUAAGGCAGAAUAGAGAACUGUGCAGCGAAUCCUAGAACUGAACGCGGAAUGCCCUGCCACCACCAUCCGUAAGGUCCUGUAGUAAUAUUUCUUUCAUAAACUCGAGAGAGGUGCUUAAAAUAAGGAUCGAGUAAGUGCAGACUGUUGACAAGGUCCGGCGUAUUCUCUAGGUUAUCGUUGACCUCGCCAGCAUGCCAAAGAAUUCUUGUCAUUGCACCCCACAAGCCCAUGUCAUCGGGCGACGACGAUGCUACGGGGGGCAACAUCAUGAUCUUCGCUUUUAGGAUACACAGAUGUGGAUCAAACUGCGCACCAGACGAUGAACAGAUCCGCUUCCAAGUUUCGGGCUUUACUGCCCAAUCCCGAGCCGUGCGGUGAAUGAAGUCAACAACACCACUGGUUGCAUUGCCACUAACUUCCAAGAUGCACUUUGUGCAAGCAGCAAGCUUCCUCGCUAUAGAUUUCAAAGCGACCUCUUUCAAUUUGCCACUCUUUGGGAAGCGGUCCGCAUUGAAUUGAUCAGAUUUCGAUUCUUCAAUGGCCCAAAACGUAAGCCAUUCCAUUGGACCGUCAUAGGCUCGCAGCACUUGUAUCAUGUGGGACGCAUCGAUAAGGUUUUCCGGACGGAUAGCAGUCCAGAUACCAUCAUACAAAGACGAAAUGUCUGUAGGGAGAGCUUCUAGAGCUUUUCGAGCUUGAGAGAUUGAUUGUCCAUCAGAAAAAAGGCUGGAUAAGUGCUGCAUCACUAACGAGACCCAUAAGAAAACUCCAUUUGCUCUUUCCACUAUGUCUGCGAGCAGCUGAGAGGAUGCUUCGGGCUCCAAUUGCUUU